AGUCCAAUCUCAUUGAAGUAAGAAACAUAAUUAUCGACUCAAAAUCUGCUGUUAGUGGAGCAAGUCGUGCUGCAAAGGAGGCAAAUCUGUUCACUGAAAUAGCUGAGGGAAUACGUUCUUAUGGUAUAACCAGACAUAGGCAUGUGCCAGAGAUCGAACAAUGAUCAUCAGAAGCUGCAAAUUCAAAGGUUACUGUUAGCUUCACUCCACAUCUUAUGCCAAUGAGCCGUGGUAUGCAAUCGACUAUAUAUGUGGAAAUGGCUCCAGGGGUGACAACUCAGGAUUUGAAAGAUCACCUUGUUAACUACUAUGAGCAUGAAAAAUUUGUGGUGUUGCUGAAGAACAAAGAAGCUCCCUAUACUCGACAUGUUACGGGGUCAAAUUACUGCCUCAUGAAUGUAUUUCCAGACCGGAUUCAUGGGAGAGCAAUAAUAGUAUCUGUUAUUGAUAAUCUUGUUAAGGGAGCUUCUGGUCAAGCCUUGCAGAAUCUUAACUUAAUGAUGGGACUUCCAGAGAACUUAGGACUCAGUUCUUUGCCUUUGUUUCCUUAGGAUAUAUUUGUGGUUUGAUCCUCCUGAUCUUUUAAGGUAUUUGUGAAGUCUUAUUAUUUUCCACAAGGAAAGACUGCUUCAAGAUUUUUUGUGGAAGAGUUUUGUUUGCUGAGUUUGUAAUUGCUGUAGAAGUAUUCCCGUGUAUCAUGGCGUAGUUUUCAGAUGUAUCCUACAUUUAUGCUUCAGAUGGAAAUUAUGUGCCAUAGAUAAAGUUGACCAGGGGGUGGAUGUGCGAUCCCGGGGCUGGCAACAAACUUGAAUAAAACCAAAUAAUUGAUGUGGAAAUCUUUGGGCAAAGUUAGCUUUAUGUUCUGGUGAAGGACUUAUUAUUGAUCUCUUUUCAGCUAGUUCUAGUAGGCUCUUCCACCAGUGAGCCAAAGCUCUGUAAACUCGAAAUUUUGUCCGAACACUUCCCCUUCUUGGUGUAGGGUCUUAAUAUGCUGGAAAAUAUUUAUUCGUACCUUAGUGUUA